AGCCAACAACACUGGGACAUUCGGUUGCUAUCUUUACGCCUUUUGUUGCAGACACUGGCCGCUUUGGUCAGUUUGAUUUCAUCGGUGCUCAGCAUUUCCCAUGUCAGACACGGCGCUGAGGAAGUCGCUGUGGACAGCAGAAAGAAGGAGAAGCCGAGGGCGGGUAAGCCCGUCACCAUCCCCAAUGGUAUGAGAUACAGGGCUAAUUGCACGAUCUGGCGACGACGGCGAGUGGAACCAGGUGGCGAACCACCAGUUAUGCCCUGUGUUGUAACUGGGGCUAAAUAACGACAUCGCAGCAUACAAAGGUUACAGCAGUACACGCCAGCAGCUUCAUUCUGCAGGUUUUGAUCGAUUGCUAGUACAACCAUCGGUUUAGACGAGAAGUAGAAAAGCCACACCUAGCGAAAUGAAAAUAUCAUAAGAAAUUGUGAAUAGAAUACCCACCUCUUUAUGAGCGACAUACGUACGCAAAAUGAAGCCUAACAGAAAAAGCAGAUCUAAAGCUAGGUAUAAUUUUCAUUGAACAAAACGCAAAUUUGCAGCAGUUUCGUUUUACAUAGUAAAAUCUCUUAAACUGUGGACCCGGCUUUUGACUUUUACUUUUGGUUUGCGGAAAAGGGAAAUCCCUUUUAGUUCGUCGACGAUUUUUUUCUGUUGUCAAGCUAGCGUUGUUUAAUGUAUACAUGUCUUUAGCGUGCAAUGUCACUAUAAAUUAAGUGACGAUUAAUGUUACUUCUCGUUGGUAAUUUCAUAGUUUUGCUUAGCCUCGCCACUGAGUGUCGCCGUUUUCGUUAAAAUUUAAGACUUUCGAUUUCGACUGCAAACACUUCUACCCUGUUAGAAAAGGCUGCUCUCCUGUCUUCCGUCAUAACUGGGAGACUUGUUUGGAUUGUUGUACCGUCGUCGAUCAUCAGGACCUAUGCGUUUCGUCCUUUUUAAACUGUAAUCAACAUGAGGCAGGUUUUACUUCCUCUGGCAUUUAUAGGAUUGGACAUUUUGGCCACACAUUUCCUAAGACUUGUAUUGCUUUGGGUUCCAGUACCUCUGCUUCAGCAUCCCCUUUGUAAUAUAUGGCUGACAUCUCUGCUCCGUGGGACACUGUUUACUGUGGCCUUCAUUCACAUAUUCCAGAGGCUACAAGACUGCCCAGCUUGGCUCCAGAAGCAGGAUGCUCUUCAAGCAUGGAUGGUCUUAUGCUUGAUACCACCCAGUUAUGCCACUUUUAAAAUGCUCUGUUAUGUCUCAAACAAUGAAGUGCUUUGGGGCUGGUACUCACUAAAAUGGUUAGCUCUAGCAUAUGUUACUACAUCACUUACAGUUGUGUUGUGGAAGAGAUAUGCCCCUCAUUCCAAUGAUGGAGUUGAAAAGAAAACUGGUGCUUCACUGACAAGGCUGUUGUCUUAUAUGGUGCCUGACAUCAGGAGGUUUGCAGUAGUUAUCUUCUUCUUGGUCAUUUCAUCUCUUGGUGAAAUGGCAAUUCCAUACUACACAGGUCGUAUGACAGACUGGAUCAUGAGUGAGGAAAAUCCUGAUGCAUUCUUCAGUGCCAUUACAGCUAUGACGCUUAUCACUGUUAUGAGUGCUGUGUCAGAAUUUGUGUGUGAUCUUAUCUACAAUGUAACUAUGAGUAAGAUCCACAUGCGGAUCCAGAGUCUGGUCUUCAGGUCUGUCCUACGACAGGAGAUUGCCUUCUUUGAUACAGCCUCCACUGGUGAUAUAACAUCUAGGAUUACAACUGACACCAACACAAUGAGUGAGUCUCUAAGUGAGAAGCUAAGCCUACUAAUGUGGUACUUCAUGCGGGUUGUGUGCUUGUCAGGUUUUAUGCUCAGCUUGUCAUGGAAACUCUUGUUCACUGCAAUUGGUCUACCCAUCAUCUGGAUCAUUCCUGAGUACUCAGGGAAAUUUUACCAGAAAUUAUCUGUAAAAGUGCAGACAUCACUGGCAGAAGCUAAUAAAGUAGCUACAGAAGUGUUCUCAUGCAUAAAGACUGUGCGCAGCUUUGCCAAUGAGGAUGGUGAAGCAAAACGAUAUAGUGACAUGCUGGAAGCGACAUACAAGUUGAACAAGAUUGAAGCAGUAGCCUAUGCUGUUUCCACGUGGACAAACAGUCUAUCCAGUUUGGCACUUAAAGUAUGCAUCUUAUACUAUGGAGCUAAGCUUGUGACAUCAGAUGAUGUCAGCAGUGGAGACUUGGUUGCAUUUGUACUGUAUGAACUCCAGUUCACUUCUGCUAUUGAGGUGUUGAUUUCUUAUUACCCUCAUGUAAAGAAAGCAGUUGGGGCUUCAGAGAAAAUUUUUGAGUACAUGGAUCGAAAACCUGCUAUGACUACUCCAGGCACGCUUGCUCCUAAUUCUUUGAAAGGUCACAUUUUAUUCAAUAAUGUCAGUUUUGCCUAUCCAGGAAGACCUGAUACAAUGGUACUUAAGGACAUAUCCCUGGAACUGAAACCAGGUGAGAUUACAGCCCUUGUUGGGCCUUCAGGAUCUGGAAAGACUACAUGUGUCUCAUUGCUAGAACGAUUUUAUGAGCCACAGACUGGAGAAAUUCUGUUGGAUGGAGUUUCUAUUCAGGAAUAUGAGCAUAAGUAUUUACAUAGGAAGAUUGCACUGGUGAGCCAGGAACCAAUGCUUUUUGCUCGCUCAGUAGAAGAAAAUAUUGCAUAUGGCCUAGGAAAGCCAUGCCAAGAAGAUGUGAAGAAUGCUGCAAAACUGGCAAAUGCUCAUGAAUUUAUAUCCGAACUUAAAGAGGGAUACAAUACAGAUGCUGGAGAGAAAGGGGGGCAGCUCUCUGGAGGACAAAAGCAACGUGUAGCCAUUGCCAGAGCUCUUCUUCGAGAUCCAAGUGUGCUUAUUCUGGAUGAUGCUACCAGUUCACUGGACACAGAAAGUGAGCACAUGGUGCAGUCAGCCAUCUUCAAUAGAAGACAAAAUUGCUCUAUUCUAGUGAUUGCUCAUAGACUGAGCACAGUGGAGAAAGCGGAUAGAAUAAUUGUGCUGGAGGAUGGCAGGGUGGUGGAACAAGGAACACACAAAGAGUUGCUGCAAAACCAAGGCACAUAUUAUCUGCUCAUCCAGAAGAUGAUGAAAGGUUUUGACCGCAGUGGCAACCAGGAGUCCGAGUGUGAAUAGAAAUUCAGACAAAUGACGGGAAAAGCACUUAGGAUAAGAAUUGGACUAAUCUUUCCUUAUAUAAAAGACUUAAUGUUUUAUCCAAUACAAAGAAAAGACAUUUCAUCACAGUAUUGUGGUGCAGAAGUGAGAAAACAAGUUCUGUGCUUAUUUUAAUUAUUUUAUGUUAUGGGAUAAAGUUAUUUUAGUGUGAAGUUACCUGCACAUUGUUGCUACCUAAGGUGUAAUUUAAAAAUGAUUCUAGCACUGUAAAAAUAAUAGUAUUGACAAAGAGCACAAGUUUGGUUAUUUAUAAAAGCUGAUUCUAAACUGUUUAUUUAUCACUGCAGACCUAUUAUCCAAUUUAAAACUCAAUUUCCUCACAUAUUCAAAGUUUUCUAACCAAUUUUGUUACCAUACUGAAAAUUUAAAAUGUAUGUUUCUUUCAGUAAGAUUUUAUUUUAUUCAUUCAGUGAACACCAGGUGAGGUCCAGUUUAACAGAGAGUGAUUAUUAGACAUGUCUGUAAAGCAAUUUUGGUCUACUCAUUAACCUAAUAAGAUUGUUUGCUUUAAUUCAUACCUUCAAGAUUACCAGUGCAGACUUAGUUUACUGUAAUGCUGACAAAUCAAUAUAGAACUUUCAGAGGGAAAAAAGUCCCAGUUUAUUAAGCAAGUUACACUAACUGAAUACUGUGUUUGAGGCUCUAGUGGGGCAUCUGUGCAUAAAAAUAUUGUUUAUUUCCAUAA